UAUUGGACCUGGGCAGUGAUGAUGGGUGCUGAGGCGGCUCGGCCUGCUCGAAACAGUCCGCGCACCCUGUUCUGGCUGCGCCAGGUACAGCUGCUGCUGCAGCUGCUGUUGCCUCUGACCGAGGCCGCCUUGUGGCCGGGAGAGGCUCCGUCUGCCGCCCCUCCUGUCAAAGAGCGCCUUCUCCUCGCCCCCUCCCAGGCUCCAGUGCAGCUGCUUCCACCCUUCCGUCUCCAGGAGGGCAAGGUGGACCUCAUUGAGAACAAAUUCUGUAAUCUCUUAUAUGGACAAAGGACAGCUGGAAGCAAAAUCUACUCUCUGCAUGAGGAGAUGUUGUGUGCUGGGGACUUCUCGACAGGAAAGGCCAUUUGUCGAGACUGCUUUCCCUCUCCCAGACCUCUGAGUUGAGGAGGAAUAAAGUCUACCAGGGUCCACAUGUCCUCACCAGAGACUUGAAUCUUCAGGGCCACUGACUGGGGCAGAAGACAGCCAAGGACAGCCUAAGCCUGGAAAUCUAGAGACCUGUGACAUGGCUAUCAGUUCCACACUCACACAGCCCAUGGAGGUGGAACCAGAGUGGUGGUAGGAGAAACAUAACUGGAGUACACACAUUCAUGGAGGCAUAGGGCAAUACCCCAUGUCAGGGACAGGCAUCGUGAAGCCCCAAGGCCAGCCAGAUUUGGGACCAAGGUCCCCUCCUCUAUCUUCAAAACUGGUCACAAGUGUCCUCACAUCCAGAUUCCACAAGACUCCAGGGGCCCUGGCUGGCAGGAUUUCCAGCCCCGGGGUCCAGAACCCCACGCUAAAGCAGUGUGCCACAGGAGGCUGUGGACCAUCAGAUGGCAAAAUUAUAGGCAAAUAAAUGAGGGUUUCACUCUAUUAUGCCCUUACCCUCUUUGGAUGAGGGCAUGCUUUGCCACCUAGUUGGAUGUGGCAUUCAUGUAGAAAGGCAGAGCGUGUGGGUGCGAGCGAUGUGCACGCUGAGAAGAUGAAAUGUUGGAGACCAGGCAAAGGAGGAGCCUCUGACAGGUAUGUGUGAAAGUUUUCUGCCUAGUCCCUUGGGAGGGUUUUCCAGAUAAAAAGUUUCAGCUGAAGAAGCAGUCACAAAACCAAUGGAGGCAGAAUCAGAGAAAUGGGAGGAGAAACGUAGUCAGAGAGUGCACACAUUCACAGAGGAGCGGGCCAAUGGCCAGGGUCGGGGACAGGCGUCGUGAAGCCCCAGGGCCUGCCAGACUGGGGACUAAGCCUCCCUCCAGCACCAGGAACACUGGUCACCAGUGAACUCACAUCCACAUUCCGUAGGCCUCCAGGGGCCCUGGCUGCCAGGAUAUCCGGCCCUGGUGUCCAGGACCCCAUGCAAAAGCAGUGUGCCGGGGGAGGUUAAGGACCAGCGGACGGCAAAAAUAGGAAAAGAAGCCAGGUUCUCACUUGAUUAUGCCAGUCCCAACUUUGGCCGAGUGGCACCCUUCAUGUCCCAGUUGGAUGUGGCAUUCAUGCAGAGAGGCAGAGCGUGUGGGUGCACUGAGAAGAUGAAAUGGUGGAGACCAGGCUGAAUCUCUAGACCCAAGAGAAGCCUCUAGCAGGUAUGCAUGAAUGGCUUCUGCCUAGUCCAUUGGGUAGGUUUUCAGGAUACAAAGUGUCACCUGAAGGAUCAGUCAGUGGAUGGUCUCCCAUCAACACAGAAGCUCAACCUGCCCAGGUUCUGGACGUGUAAAGCUUCCUCAUCAGGUGCCAGAUGCUGAAGACCCUGUGGAUGGGCUACCUUCCAUUCUCUGCCCUUGGGAAACCAAUAUUCCCCAAGGCCUACACUCCUCCUUCAACGGGCUCUCUCUCUUGAUGCCUUAGUUUUGAUGUUUCUCAUUGGCACAAUUCAAAGAUGUUGCACAGCUGACAGAGACCAAGAGAGACAAUAGGGGCUGAAUGGGCAUAACUUGCAUCCUGAUGUCCUCAAGUAAGUGCCUUGAAACUCUGUAUCUCAAGCCUU